GCGGUGCGUGGAGGGCUUUGGCUGCCAUGGCUCGCCCGGCCUGGCGCCGACGGACCCUGGAACGGUGUCUGCGGGAGGCCGGGAAAGCCACCAGCCGGCCCGAGAGCUUCCUCACGAUUCAAGAUGGAUUAGCAACAAACUUCACUUCUUUAACAAAAGUUCUUUAUGACUUCAACAAAGUACUAGAGAACGGUGAGAUCUCCGGGAGUCCUUUACAGAAACUUGUGAUAGACAGUUUUGAUGAUGAGCAGAUUUGGCAGCAAUUGGAAUUGCAAAACAAGCCAGUUUUACAGUACUUCCAGAAUGCAGUCAAUGAAACGGUGAAAGAUGAGGACAUCAGCCUUCUCCCUGAGAGUGGAGAGCAGGAGUGUGAAGAGGAUGGCUCAGACACAGAGGCUGACGGCCAGGAGGACGUAGAACAAGAUUUGGAGGAGGAGGAGCUGUCAGAGGUAGAUAAUGACAAUCCUAAAUUGGAUGGCAAGGUGAAAAAAUCAAGACAACAUAAACUCAGGGAAAGCCCCGUGUUCAGUGAUGAAGAUUCUGACCUUGACUUUGAUAUCAGCAAAUUGGAACAGCAGAGCAAAUUGGAACAGCAGAGCAAGGUGCCAAAGAAACUGCCUGGGAAACCAUGCGAGAAGUCUGUGGUUGAUGACAAAUUCUUCAAACUCUCUGAAAUGGAGACCUUUUUAGACAAAAUGGAAAAAGAAGAGGAAAAAGAUGAAGAGGUGGAAGAGGAAGAUGUGGACCUUUUUGAAGACAUUGAUUCUGAUGACGAGGGAGAAUUGUUUGGAAGUAAAAAACGUAAGGCAGGUAAAAGCUCCCGUGAUUUGAAAUACAAAGAUUUCUUUGAUCCAGUCGGAAGUGAUGGAGACAUGGCAAGUGCUGAUAGUGAUGAGUUGGGUUCAAACAAAGAAGAGGAAGACACUGCUGACGAAGAGGCAGAAGAGGCAGAAGGAAGCAUUUCUGAAAUGGAUGAAGAUAGUGAGUUUGAUAGUGAAGAUGACAAGCCACCGAAAGAGAGCUUGAAAAGAGUCACCUUUGCUUUGCCGGAUGAUGACGAUACAGAAGGCGGAGAAGUACCACGUGUCAAGGAAGAGGCUGAUGACGUUAAAUCCUCUUUUGAGAAAAGACAGGAGAAGAUGAAUGAAAAAAUCGCCUCUUUAGAGAAAGAGUUGAUGGAAAAGAAGCCUUGGCAACUCCAGGGGGAAGUGACAGCCCAGAAGCGCCCAGAGAACAGCCUCCUGGAGGAGACGCUGCACUUCGACCACGCCGUCCGCAUGGCACCUGUGAUCACGGAGGAAACCACGCUGCAGCUGGAAGACCUUAUCAAGCAGAGGAUACGAGAUCAGGCUUGGGAUGAUGUUGUAAGGAAAGAAAAGCCUAAAGAGGAAGCAUACGAAUAUAAAAAGCGCUUAACAUUAGACCACGAGAAGAGCAAGUUGAGUCUCGCUGAAAUUUAUGAACAAGAAUACAUCAAACUCAGCCAGCAAAAAACAGAGGAAGAAGAAAAUCCUGAGCACGUAGAAAUUCAGAAGAUGAUGGAUUCCCUCUUCUUAAAACUGGAUGCUCUGUCAAACUUCCACUUCAUCCCUAAACCGCCUGUCCCUGAGAUCAAGGUUGUGUCGAAUCUGCCGGCCAUAACCAUGGAGGAAGUGGCCCCGGUGAGCGUCAGUGACGCGGCUUUGCUGGCCCCAGAGGAAAUCAAGGAGAAAAAUAAAGGUGGAGAUCUAAAAACUGCUGCUGAGAAAACAGCUACAGACAAGAAACGGGAACGGAGGAGAAAGAAACUCCAGAAGCGUUGGAAAAUAAAAGAGAAGGAGAAGCGGCGAAGGUUGUUGGAGAAGAACAACCCAGAUCAGGCAGGCAAAUUCAGCAGAGCAGCGGCUUCCGAGAAGCUAAAGCAUCUGACCAAGACCGGCAAAGUGGCCUUGUUAAAGGAUGAACGGAAAGACAAGGCCUUAAAGUCUUCCCAAGCAUUCUUCUCUAGACUACAAGAUCAAGUAAAAAUGCAGAUCAAUGAUGCAAAGAAACCAGAAAAGAAAAAGAAGAAAAUGCAGGAUAUUUCUGUUCACAAGUUAAAGCUGUAAUAUAUUGGAAAUAUAUUGUAUAUAUAAAUGUGUAAGCUUA